AUGGCCGAAAAUUUGAACGCUUCUACUGCUACGCCUGUAGAACCAAAUGAUUUGCAGCCAGUACACAGUGAUGUCUCCAGGGCUUCAACUCCAAUCAACAAAGUUCUCGAUGAACUAAAAAAUGGUGAAUUAAAUCCCGACGAGGCUUUGAAUUCGGUAGAUUUACCAGUGAAACCAUUCUCUGCUUAUCUGACUACGUGUCUGUUAUGUCUAUGUGUGGCCUUUGGUGGUUUCAUGUUCGGUUGGGAUACCGGUACGAUUUCUGGUUUCAUUAACCAAACUGAUUUCUUGAGAAGAUUUGGUUCAAGACACACUGACGGAACGUACUAUUUAUCUAAGGUUAGAACUGGUUUGGUUGUCUCUAUUUUCAAUGUUGGGUGCGCUAUGGGUGGUAUCAUUUUGUCCAAGCUAGGUGACAUUUAUGGUCGUAAAAUUGGUUUGAUGACCGUGGUCGUGAUCUAUAUCGUUGGUAUCUUGAUCCAAAUCUGUUCCUUCGACAAAUGGUACCAAUACUUCAUUGGCAGAAUCAUCUCUGGUUUAGGUGUUGGUGGUAUUGCUGUUCUGUCGCCAAUGUUAAUUUCAGAAUCUUCGCCAAAGCAUUUAAGAGGUCCAUUGGUGUCUUCUUACCAAUUGAUGAUCACUGCAGGUAUCUUUUUGGGUUACUGUACCAACUACGGUACUAGAAACUACAGCGAUUCUACUCAAUGGAGAGUCCCUCUGGGUUUGUGUUUCGCUUGGUCUCUUUUCAUGCUGGCUGGUCUAACAAGAGUUCCAGAAUCACCGCGUUACUUGGUCGGUGCUGGUAAGAUCGAAGAAGCUAAGCGCUCGGUAGCCAAGUCUAACAAAGUUUCUAUUGAUGAUCCAGCUCUUUUGCUUGAGAUUGAAAUGAUCAGUGCCGGUGUUGAAGCCGAGAAAGUGGCGGGUUCGGCUUCCAUUGGUGAGUUGUUCUCUACGAAGACUAAGGUGUUUAAUCGUUUGGUCAUGGGUAUUUUGCUUCAAGCUUUACAACAAUUGACUGGUAACAACUAUUUCUUCUACUACGGUACUAGUAUUUUCAAGUCUGUUGGUCUAGAGGAUUCUUUUCAGACUUCUAUCAUCAUUGGUGUCAUUAAUUUUGCCUCUACCUUCGGUGCUUUGUACACUGUUGAAAAGUUCGGUCGUCGUACUUGUUUGUUGUGGGGUUCAGCCACUAUGAUGGCUUGUAUGGUCAUCUAUGCCUCUGUUGGUGUCACUAGAUUAUAUCCAAAUGGUAUGGAUCAACCAACUUCCAAGGGUGCAGGUAACUGUAUGAUUUGUUUCACUAUGUUUUACAUCUUCUGUUACGCAUUGUCAUGGGCUCCAAUUGCGUGGGUCGUCACAGCAGAAGUUUUUCCACUAAGAGUCAAAUCAAAAUGUAUGGCUCUUGCAUCAGCUUCUAACUGGCUAUGGGGGUUCUUGAUCUCUUUCUUCACUCCUUUCAUCACUGGUGCUAUCAACUUUUACUAUGGUUACGUUUUCGUCGGCUGUUUAUGCUUUUCAUACUUCUACGUCUUCUUCUUCGUCCCAGAAAGUAAAGGUUUGACUUUAGAAGAAAUUGAUGAGAUGUGGGUUGAAGGUGUCUUGCCUUGGAGAUCUACCGAAUGGGUUCCAGCUGCCAGAAGAAAUGACCAAUACAACCCCGAAGAUUUGAAACAUGACGACAAGCCAUGGUACAAAAGAAUGGCAUAA